AUGAAAGCGGGCGUAGUUCACUGUCGUUGCUCAAAAUGCUACUCGGUUCCGGUGCGAAAGCGCGUCCGUAAGCGAACUCCAACUGUUACCUUGCUGUCUCUGCCUGAGGAGGUCCUCCUUUGUGUGUUCCAGUGCCUCUCUGCUGAGGAUCUACUGUCUGUCAGAGCGGUUCACUCCCAGUUGCGGGACAUUAUUGACAACCAUUCCAGUGUAUGGGCCAGGGUCAGUUUCAGAGACACGUGGCCGUCCCCCAACAGCUUAUGGUUAUUUGAAAGAGCGGCAGAAAAGGGGAAUUUUGAAGCAGCUGUGAAAUUAGGGAUUGCUUAUUUGUACAAUGAAGGACCAUUGUUAAGUGAUGAGGGACGAGCGGAUGUAUGUGGACGGAAGGCCUCCCACUUCUUCAGCCUGGCCGAGAGCUUGCGCUCCCCUUUAGCUGAUCCCUUUAUCUGGGUGUUCAUCCGUCCACCAUGGUCGCCCACUGGCAGCUGCUGCAAGGCCGUGGUGUUUGAUCGUCUCAAGGCCGAGUGUGACAACAACAUGGAGAAGAAGGGACCCCUGCUGCAUUGUUUGGCCAGAGUUUUGCAGCUGUUUGAAGAGGAUGAAAGACGUUCAGAUGCCAUAUCGAUGCUGGAAGAGUCUUCUCAGGCUGGCUGUUUACAGAGCUCUUACCUGCUAUGGGAGCACAACCGUAAAGCAGCUAUGGCAGAUCCAGGCAGGUACCUUCAGUGUAUACGAACUCUCAGGGACUAUGCUGGCAAAGGAUGCUGGGAGGCACAGCUCUCCCUGGCCAAAGUGUGCAGCAGUGGCAAUCCGCUGGGUUUGGAGGCAAAGGCCUGCUCUGACUUAGUGGCCCAGCUUUUCAGCUCCUCUAACGUGGCAUCACAGCGCUGUGCUCAGAACAUCCUCAGACGAGGCAUCAAGGACACCAUGAGGUACAUCCUAGUAGACUGGCUUGUGGAGGUGACCACCAUGAAGGACUUCUCCAGCCUGACGCUGCAUGUUACAGUGGGUUGCGUGGACCGCUACCUGGCUCUGCGCUCUGUCCCCAAGGCUCGACUACAGUUGUUAGGAAUUGCCUGCAUGGUAGUUUGUACACGCUAUAUCAGUAAAGAAAUCCUGACCAUACGAGAAGCUGUUUGGCUCACAGACAACACCUACAAGUAUGAGGACUUGGUUCGAAUGAUGGGAGAGGUCGUCUCUGUGCUGGAGGGAAAGAUAAGGACUCCCACAUUGUUGGACUACGGGGAGGUGCUGCUGUCACUGCACCCUCUGGAGAGGCGGACCACUCACCUGUUCAGCUACAUCUGUGAGCUGUCCCUACUCUACUCGGCUCUCGCCACACCGCCUCCUUCCAAACUGGCCUGUGCUGCACUUCUGCUUACACGAGUCCUGCAUCAUUAUGCUCCCAUCUGGCCCAGCCAGUUAGCUGACUACACAGGCUUCUCCAAGCAAGACCUCACGCCCCUUUCGGUGCUGCUCUACGUCAAGUGUUUCAGUCAAGAUGUUCCCAAAGAUUACAGGCACAUGUCUCUUACUGGUGUGAAGCAACGGUUUGAAGAUGAAGCCUACCAGCACAUAAGCAAAGAGAAGGUAAUGGAUUAUAAAGAACUGUGUCAGAUCUUGGAGAUUCCUGAAGUGGAGCCUCAGAUGGAGCCUCCCAGUCCUACUGGUCAACCAGCAGAUAUCCACACCUUCCUCGCCUCCCCAUCCAGCACCAAUAAGAGGAGACGUGAUGACAGCAUGCAGGCACACCGAGGCAGCUUUGUAGCCACACCCACGGCGGAGCUGUCCAAUCAGGAGGAGACACUGCUGGGUGACAUACUGGACUGGAGCCUGGACACCUCCUGUUCUGGCUACGAGGGGGACCAAGAGGAGAGUGAAGGGGAGAAAGAUGGUGAUUCUUCAAUGCUAUCCAUCAAACUGCACUCACUCACUGAUGAAGACAAAGGACUGGAGCACUGCAGAGCCCUGUCCAGCGACGAAGACAGCUUCUGUGAAGUGGAAAGAGAGGUAAACAAGGAUUUCCAAGACCGAGAACCUCUUUCUUUCUCUGCGGACCUUCACAGUUCAGGAUACUCCUCCGUCCAGAGUGUUAGCCCUUCAUCUACAUGCUCCUCCUCCCUCAUGCCUUGUACACUCAAGACAUUUACCACUUCCCUGGGUGCAACCUCUGCUAAUUCCCAGCCAGGCUUCCGCCUUCUGGUGCCUAUGCAGAGGCCUCGGGGCACCUCCAGCAAACAAGUGAAGAGGAAAAACUCGGCAGCUCACAGUGGAGGUGAAAUAGAAAGGGAAGAGGAAGAAGGGGAAAGAGACGAGUAUUCUGCCAAUGCUGGGUUUCUUAGCCUUUAGA